UUAUGGAGCAAUACAAAGUGCUUCAUUUCUGCUGCAGAUGCAGCCGGGGCACUGACAAUCGGCGUCCUUUGUGCAAGGAUCUCCUUCGUCGUAGAUCUGUUGGUUGAGAAGAUCACCUCCAGGGUUGUAUUCGCAAGCCACAACCGUCCAUGAAUUCCAACAAGGUACAACUGCGCAACCAAUUUUAUUGCUCGACUGCCAGGCCAACUGGCUGUAUUUGCUUAAAGUCGUGUAAAUGCCCAUCGUGAAAACGUUUUUCUCAGGAACACCGUACUUCUGCAGAUCACUGAACCAUGCUUCGACGCUCAUUGCUGCAGCUUCUGUCUUGUUAUUAGUUUUCGGCAACAUGUUCACGUUGUUCCCCCAUCGCUUCACUAUAGCAGCAACGUUGUAUCCAAACGUGCAACUCUUCGCCCACUCCAUUGUAUUUGCUUCAACAUCGCAAUCAUAACUCACUUUCAACAUCCUAGCUGCUUUUGGAGCAAAUUGUCCAGGUUUACCCUUGGCUUUUCCUUGAGCAAUGAGCGAUCGAUACUCAUUGUGUUUGUCGACGAACAUCUUCCUAGCUUCAUCCGUCAUUCCAUUAUUGAGGUGAGGGCACGACCCAGCAUUAGGCACUCCAGCGGGCUUCGUUGUGGUUGGUUUCUUAGUAGUCGUUGUCGUUGUAGUGGGAGCUGCUGGAAUAGGAACGUAUUCUGGAGGUAUGCAAAGAGCCUCAUCUUUGCUACAAAUGCAAUCGGCGCAUUUGCAUUCGGCGUCAGUUGUGCAUGGAUCUCCCAUUUCGUAGACCACCCAUCCAGGAUUAUCACCUGAAGGGUUAUAGUUGCAUCCUGCGAUUGUCCAUGGCCAAGGUUCGUUUUUUGUGCAAUAUGAAAUCGCGCAGCCAAUUUUGGACGUCCAUUGCCAGACCACCUGCAUGUAGUGACCAGUUUUGUGUUCAUUAGGCGAGACUACGAUAUUGUCCUCUGGAACACCAAAAACCUGUAACUCCUGGAACCAUGAUAUGACAGCCGUUUCUGCAAUUGA